GUAAAAAUUAUCAACAGUCGGAGCCGGCACAACUGUUUUUAGAGAUCCAAAUAUCUUAAUUAACUCUUCACUCAACGCAAUGAAUAUGGACAAGAACAGUGCAGCGUUGUACAAAAAAAUGCAGACCGAGGUUGAGUCAUAUCAAAACCUUCAGAAGUCCUGCGUGAAGAUGGUCAAACAACGCGCACUACUGGAAGGCCAGCUAAAUGAGAACAAGUGCGUUUUGGACGAACUGAAUCUCUUGGGGCCAGACAACAAAGUCUACAAACUGUUUGGCCCUGUGCUAGUGAAGCAGGAGCUGGAGGAUUCACGCCAGAACGUGGGCAAACGCAUUGAGUACAUCUCCAAAGAACUCAAGAGUUCCACCGAUACCCUGGAGAACAUGGAAAAGGAUAUGCUGAAACAUCGGGAGGCUGUGGCCAAGUACCAACAGCAGUGGCAGGUGGCGGCGGCCAUGAAGUGAAGGCCCUCAGGAUUAAAACUAAGACCUAAUUUAUAAUUGUUUUGUAGAUGUUUCAGAGCAAUACCAACACCAGCAUCAUCUUGGAAAGAAUAAAUGCAUUUUUAAGGAGAAA